CCCUCACCAUGGACACUUGGCAGAGAGGAUCUGUCAGGUCCUCAGGCUUCUUCAAGCGCCUCUCACUCCGGAGGAACAAGAAACUGGGCAGUCAAGUAAUUAUCUUGAAUCAGAACAGCCAGACGCUAGACUCCAAUGGACAAUACAACAAAAGGGAGCUCCUAAGAGACCUGAAAGGGAAGUCGAACUACCUCUCCUGUCAGAGUGAGCAAAACCUAGCCACCAAGAUGCAGCCGCCUCCCAAACCACCGCGACUGUACCUGGACAGCACCAGCUGCCCCAACAUAAUAGACCACACUGAUUUGCCCUCUGCAGAGGAUUCCUUUCCAAGCACUCCCCGUCACUCCCAUAAGGCCACUCAGACACCGUCAGAUCUUUUUUGCAAGAACCAAGAUACGGACUGGUGCCACUCUGAAACCAUCUCAUGGUACAGUACGCCUGAUCCAUCUGACCCUUUCUUUUCUUUCAAACUAGACUUGGGCCCCUCGCUUCUUGAAGACAUUCUGCAGACACUCAAAAGCCAGAAUUUGCUACUGAAUUAAUUACCACUUUAGCU